AUGUCUCUCAUUGAGGAAUACGAGGAAGGGGAAUACGAGAGAGCACCUAAGCGUCUCAAAACGAUGGAUGUGGAGGAGGGAGAGGAUCUGGAGGAGGGGGAGGAUUCAGAUACAGCUUCCGCGGGGCUGCUAGGAGAUGAGGAGGAUGCUACCGGGACCGCCGGGGAAAACCGGGCCCUGUGGUCAACAAAAAAAAUUGGGUCUGAAAGAAAGGACAAUGGGGAGGAUGCCCACAGGAUCGCCCCCUCUCCGGUGGUCCACGUGCGGGGGCUCUGUGAGUCAGUGGUGGAAGGGGACCUGGUUGAGGCCCUGGAGAAGUUUGGCAACAUCUGCUACGUCAUGAUGAUGCCGUUCAAGCGUCAGGCGCUGGUGGAGUUUGAAGCCAUGGAAAGCGCCGACCAGUGCGUGACAUGCGGUGCCAACGAAGCGGUCCACAUUGCCGGCCAGCAGGCCUUCUUCAACUACUCCACCAGCAAGAGGAUCACGCGGCCAACUAACGCCGAUGACCCCAACAGUGGCAACAAAGUCCUGCUCCUCUCCAUUCAGAACCCCCUCUAUCCCAUCACCACUGAUGUUCUGUACACAGUCUGCAAUCCCAUAGGCAACGUGUUGCGCAUUGUCAUCUUCAAACGCAAUGGAAUCCAGGCCAUGGUGGAGUUCGAAACUGUCAAAAAUGCCCAGAAGGCAAAAUCAGCACUCAACGGAGCAGACAUAUACGCCGGCUGCUGUACCCUGAAGAUAGAAUACGCUCGGCCCACGCGACUCAACGUCCUCCGCAACGACAAUGAUAGCUGGGACUACACCAAGCCCUUUCUCGUCAGGCGAGAUCAGAGCGAGCGGGGGAAGGGGAGGCAACGCCAGGCCAUUCUGGGAGAGCAUCCGUCCUCCUACAGCGACAACGGCUAUGGGUCACACUGCCCCCUGCUGCCCGUGCCCAGCAAUAACAGGUACAAGAGGAGCUCCCCCCAUGACGCCCAGGAGGUGGUCGCCUACCCCCUGCCCCAGACCUCCUCCUAUAUGGGCCACGCCUCCAGCUCGUCGGUCGCCAUGGUGAGCGGCCUGCACCCCGCCAAGAUGAACUGCACCCGCAUCUUCAACCUCUUCUGCCUGUACGGGAAUAUUGAGAAGGUGAAGUUUAUGAAGAGCGUCCCGGGCACCGCACUGGUAGAGAUGGGAGAUGAGUACGCUGUGGACCGAUCCAUCACACACCUCAACAGCAUCAAGGUGUUCAGCAAGAGGCUCAACGUCUGUGUGUCCAAGCAGCACGCGGUCAUCCCCAGUCAGGUGUUUGAGCUGGAGGACGGCAGCAGCAGCUACAAGGACUUCGCCAUGACCCGGAACAACCGCUUCAGCAGCGUGGGCCAGGCGUCCAAGAACAUCAUCCAGCCGCCCGCCACUGUGCUGCACUUCUACAAUGUCCCGCCCUGCAUCACCGAGGACGAGCUGCAGAGGUUAUGUACAGAGCAUGAGGUACCCGGUUUCAUCAAGUUCAAAGUCUUCGAUGCAAAACCCAGCUCCAAAACGAUCUCGGGCUUAUUCGAAUUUGACAACAAGACACACGCUGUGGAGGUUCUGACAGUCCUCAACCACCACCAGAUCAGAAUACCAAAUGGUUCCAACCCUUACACCCUCAAGCUUUGCUUCUCCACUUCCUCACACCUCUGAGACCUGGAAAACCAAGAUGGCCGCCGCACUAGUUCGCCGUCAACCAGGAGAGAAGCGGAUCGGGGAGAAAGGAAGAGCACCCGAUGAAGGAGAGCGAAAGAAACAACGCGAGAGUGGAGAGUCAACACACUUUCUCGGACCUGAGAAUGGAAAAGCGAGGAGU